AUGCUUCGUCUAGCUUUUAAGCAAUUAUCACGUCAAUCAUUCUUGUAAAAAAUGAAAAUUUACGAACUAUUAUUUGAAAGAGGUUUAAAAUUCUACAAACAUAGUACAAAAUAAAAUUUAAUACUAUAUAGAUCAAUAUCAUAAUGCAUUAGAUUAAUUUGAGAUUUGUAUGUCAAUAUUUGUAGAAGCCAAAAAGUCAAAACGAUGGGAGGACACAAAGUUUGAAGAUUUAAAUUGUAUACGUUGUCCUUAAUAAUAAUAAAUAAAAGGUACAUAUUUUUAAUUAAGUUUGUUUUUAAGACCUAUGGAAGAAAUUGUUUGAAUUGAUGGGUAAAUGCUAUUAUGUUUUACAUUAAAAAGCUGCUUGUAUCAAAAUGUGUGAUUAUUGGUAAUAAUUAAAUCCUUUAUGUGCAAGUGCUUUUAUUUUAAGAGCAUAGGUACUCAAUUUUUAGAUAAAUUAGUCUCGGUUUUUAUCAGAGCCAAUAACAUAAUUAGAUUGUCAUAUGAUUUGUAAAGAUUUAAAAUUCGCAUAAUAAUUGGAUCCUCUCAAUGAAGAUUUAGCAAGAGUUAAUGAUAUGGUUAAAGCACAAUUAUAGAAAUUUGAAGAAUAUUAUGAUAGUGAUAAAGAACUCUAUCCUCAAUAUUUUGAUGAUAUUUCUUAAUAAAAUGAUGAAGAAGAUUUAUCAUAAGAUUUCAUGGCCUAGUUGAUAUAGCAAGAUAAUGAUUAAGAGCUUAGUUAUGAAUAAGAUCCUAAAAAGCCAAUUCCUAUAGAAGUUUAAGAAUUAGGAAGAUUUAUUGAAACAAGAGGAAUGGAUAUAGUGAAAACUUAUUAAUAGAAUGGAUAAUUGAAAGAAGCAGAAGACUUAAAGGAUAAACUUUAAAAGGCAUUAAUAGCAAAAUAAUAAUUAGAGAAAAUCUCAUAAUUAGAUUUUAACAAGCCUAAGAAAGUAAAGUUUACAUCAAUUUAAGAAAUUAUAUUAAUUUGCUCAAAACUUUGGUAUAGAUUUAUUGGAUCCCUAAGUGUAGAGUGAGUUUAAAAGAAUUUAAGAACAAAACUUGGAAGAAAUUCGAGAAUGGCUGAAGUAGAAUCAAUGGAAUUAUAUUGAUAAAGCAACAUAAAUUUAACAGUAAGAAAAAGCUAGAUAAGAAUUAGCCAAAUUAUAAUUUAAAAGAAAAACUAUCCCUUAAAAAGUAAAUUUAAUUAUUAAUAUAUAAUCUCAGCAUUCUAAACAUAAAUGUUUAAAGAAAACUUAAUUUGGUUUAUCACUUUAGUAAAAUAAUUCAAGCUCUCCUUCUAUGAUAAAUACUACUCAAUCAGUAUUUGAAUAGAAAAAUUCUGUUUUUGAUAAUAAAAGUAUUUAUUUAAAUAAGUCACAUAGCUUCAGAUGAAGAUAUACAGAUUUGUAGUAUUAAUUGUUUCAUCAACUUCUCUAUUCUACUCUUAGCUGUGUUCACAAUCUUAUCAACAAUAUAUUAUUAAUUCUUAGGAUGA